UGAGUUUAAGUCUCUCCUCCUACACGUCUGUACCAUAGUCGGUCUCCCAUCAACUUUCCUUCUUGAUAGCUUCUUGCUCCGAGCGCGCUAUUGGAAGCUUGUCGCCGCCGUGAUGCCGGAGUCGCUGGAUGACUGGAGAGAAUUCUUCCGAAGGACGAAUGCCGACGUUUUCGAACUUAUCGACAAUGCCAUCGUGGUAGCUGCGCUCGAUUGCCUGGAUGAUUUUCGGUCGCAAAGGGGAUGGAUCAUGGAACGUUUGUACACGUGCAAGGCUGGGUGGCACGCAGCAGGCGAUGAGGUCGGGUCAUGUGAUGCCGCGAGUAAAGAAAGCAUGGCAAGCAGCAACGGUAGGGGUGAGGUCGAGCAGGAUGUGGUGGAUACGGACGAGGAAAGCUGUGACAGUUUCAGGGAAGCCGAGGCAUUCACGGAUGAGAUUGAUGAGCAGUCUCGAGUCGUUGGUGAAGUCCUGAGGAUCAAGCAGGUCUUGGACAAUAGUCGACUCGAGUCCACUUCGGUGCUGUGUGAAUCACUGCGAAGUCUCCGGUCGAUGGCUAUUACUCUGGAUACCCUGGAGACGACUAAGAUCGGGAUAAGUGUCAACAGUCUCAGUAGAAAUUGCAGAUCGAAGCAGAUUGCUCAGUUUACGCACAGCAUCACAGGACAAUGGAAGGCCAUGGUGGAUGCCGACGGAAAUCCUUGCAACAUUAGGGAAAAGAACUUUGCGAUCCAGAAACCGAAGCAGCAGCUAGGGGUUGUCAAGCCCAAUAGGUCCUCACAAACUACCCCUUCUAACAAGAUCGCGGCGGAGAAGUUUGAUAAGGAAAGAAAGGAGGUUGCAAUAGAAAUCAAAUUCGAAGCCGCCGAGAGGAGGAUCCAAGGGCCCAGCGAGAAGCAAACGGGAUCCAUGGUUACUACAGAUGUUGGAUUUGAAGGUCUUCCAUGUACUCUCGAAUCUUCGGAAUCAGGCAGUAAGUCUGGUCUGUUUCCUGGACAGCCAAGAAGCAGCGGGAGAUACACAAGUUUUCAACUUGCACCAUCUCCCAAAGCAGGUGGCGAGUCAUAA